AUGUUCCACCAAACAGUUUUCCUCGCGUUCCUAGCAGGUGUGCUGCCUCUCGCCCACGCUCUUCCGGCGGACGCCGCCGCCGAUGCAUCCGAGCAGCACUUCACCAUACGCUCCGCCACUGACAUGAAAACCUGCUCCGUCACCCUCUUCGACCAGCCCUCUUACGUCGGAAAACAGGUCGGCGUCACCGCCCCAGCAUCAAUCUGUGUAACCGUCGACUACGUCUGGCUACCCAACGGUGUCCAGAGCAUGUUCAUCAAGAGCCCGGACUGCGUUUGUCGCGUCGGUCUGAAUCCUGAGAAUAGGCACUGUGCUGCGUUGAGGCCGGUGUACGGCAUCAAGCCGCCUGGUUAUGGGAACUUCAGCCAGUAUCCUGUGCAGUGCUUUGCGUGUGAGUAA